AUGGGGUUCCUCGCCACUCUCAUCGACCGUGGCAUUUCCCACAUCGACGGAGCAGCGGCCGGACCAGGACCUAAGUAUAGCCCAGACAGCUACUGCGGCCGCCGCCUCGCCGGGCUCGAAACAGGGCCAAUUCCCAACCGAGGCCCCGAGACCUCGGCUGGGCUUUGGAUCCUCGUCUCCUUCUCUACUACCUUCCUCGCUGCGAGGUUAUACCUCAAGAUGUACCGACUGAAGGGGUUAUGGUGGGAUGAUUACUUUCUUGUUCUUGCUUGGCUCACGCACACCCUCUCCGCCACCCUCGCCCAAGUCUCCAUCUCCCUCUUCGGCCUCGGCCACUACCCCUGCGACAUCCCCUCCCCAGCUACCUCCAUCCCGCGUCUGACCCUCGUAGGUGACCACUUCGGCGCCAUGUUCUCCAUGUUCGCCGUCGCUCUCUCCAAGACUUCCUGGGCCGUCACUUUACUUCGACUUGUCCGCCGGGGAUCUAGUACUUCCUCCUCCUCCUGCUGCACCACGCCCUCUUCUUCUUCCCCGGGACAACACCAGCGCCAAUACGCAGUCUGGAUCGUCUGGCUCGUCAUCAUCACCAUCUGUCUCAUCAAGGGCGCUCAGGGGGUCUUGGUUUGGAUACCCAAAUGCGGAUCACCGCAGGCUGCAGCAUUGGGGGAUUCGAAUGAUGAUGUGUCACAUGUGUGUGUGAAGAUCGAACCGCUGAACGGGUUCGCGACGUUUGCAGGGAGUGUCAGUGGGACAUAUGCUAUUUUGCUGGCGGUGGUCCCGUGGAAGACGAUUUGGGGCACGAAUUUGGGCAAGAGGGAGAAGGUGGGAGUGGCGACGACGAUGAGCGUGGGGGCGGUGAGUGGGGUGGCGGCUUUUGUGCUGGCGGUGAAGAUGAGGAGGAUUACGAGUGAGAAUUUUACUUACGACUCUGGCGCCAUCAUAGUGUGGUCUACCGCCGAGGCGAGCACGACCAUUAUGGCUGCUUGCAUCCCCGUCCACCGCGCCUUCUGCCGCCAACUUCGCAAGAAGCUGCUGGCGCAGCACCGCUUGCAUAGCAGCAAGCCACACUCAACGCCUCCGUCGACAGGCAAGAAUGGUGUCGGGGGUAGUACGACUUUAACCACCUUGAACAGUGGCAGCUUUCAUUCCGUCCCCGACAAGCUUUCCCAACAUGGUCGCACGGGAAGUGAUUGCUUGUCGUUGUCUUCAGGUGGUGGAGGGUGUCAUGCCCCGACUGAUGACAGCGCAAGCGACAAGGCCAUCUUGCAGGUUCAUGACAUUGAGAGUUGCGAUAUAAGCGGGAGUGAGGUGGCUACCUCGAGGAAUAGCGGAAGAAUCUUGAUGACGCAGGAGGUCAAGGUGGAAUACCAUCAUCAUCCUGAGAUUUUGCAUGAGAGGGAUGUGUUGGAUGAGAGGGCGCAGUCACAACACGUGUAUGCCGCUACUCAGUUGUGCGCCAACGCCAAGCUCCCGCUUGUACCCCGCAUGAAGCUUGGAGUGGAGCUCAUCCUUGGAGCCGCUCCUCUUGCGCGCGGCCGGUUCGCCGUCACGCCAUCAACCAAGGCGAUCCGCACUUUAUCCUGCUCAUCAGCAGCUCGCGCCGACGAUGCUACUACCCCUUCUCCCGCCGCCGGUGACAGUACCGCACCCACCGAGCCGGCCCAGCCCAAGCUACUUUUCCGUAAGAUCUAUAAAAAGCAAAGGACAGCGGACCAGAAAGCCGACAAGAAAGGCGACAAUGGAUCCGACAUGAAAGCCGACAAGGAAGCCGGCAUGAAAGUCAACGAAGAAACGGACAAAUUGGCAGAAGCCCAGAGGGAAUUCGAUAUACAACUCAGCCGGUUACGAAACGACCUCGCUCAGCUAAAGAAAUCCAACAACAAGUUGCGAAAAGACAAGGGGGCCUUACGGCUAGACAUUGUCAAUAUGAAGAAAGCCUUCAAAGGGGUGCCUCCUACGGCAGCAGUGCAGAGGGACGGGCAAUUGCUAGAAUUAUACAACAAGAUCGCCAAAGAAGCACGCGAAUUCAAGGCCGGCACUCCCCAGUCUGUCGAGGUGGUCGAUGGUCAGCAGCAGCUCGUCAUCACCUUCGCCCAGCCCGACGGCACCACCAAGCAAGUGGCCAUGUCCCUCCACUGGCUGCGCGACACCUGCAAGUGCCCGCACUGCAUGAACCCCGACUCCGGCCAGAAGAACUUCUCCAGCACCUCUCUGCCCGAGACCCUCGAGGUCCAAAGCGCCGAGGUCAACGCCGCCGACGGCUCCAUCACCAUCGCCUGGGCCAACGACACCGUCAGCACCAACGCCACGCCCGAGGCCACCACGCACACCUCGACCUACGACGCCUCCGAUAUUUUCACCUGGCAGCUCCCGUACGACCUCGCCGGCAACCUGCUCCCCGUCGAGCGCACGCUCUGGGACCGCUCCAAGCUGCAAGCCCACAUCGACUCCGGCGACCUGCGCGUCUCGUACAACGACUGGCUGACCUCCGACGCCGCCUUCUGGAAAGCUUUUGAGUCUCUCGCCCGCUUCGGCAUUCUCUUCGUGCACUCGAUCCCGUCCGACCGAGCCCUCGUCGAAUCCCAAGUCGAAAAGAUCGCCAACCGCAUCGGCAUCCUCAUGCACACCUUCUACGGCUUCACCUGGGACGUGCGCUCCAAGCCUCGCGCCGAGAACGUGGCCUACACCAACGUCUUCCUAGGCCUGCAUCAAGACCUGAUGUACAUCGACCCUCCUCCCCGCCUGCAGCUCCUGCACUGCAUCUCCAACUCCUUCCAGGGAGGCGAGUCCCUCUUCAGCGACGGCGCGCGCGCCGCCUACUCCCUGGAACUCAACAACCCAUUAGCCUUCGACCAGCUGCGCGGCAACCGCUCGCCGCAGUUCCACUACCACCGCAACGGCAACGACUACCAUAUGGGCCGCAACACGUUCCGGUACGCCGGGCGGACGGGCGAAGGCAAGGGGUUUCUGAGCCGGAUCCACUGGGCGCCGCCGUUCCAGGCGCCAUUUAGCCGGCAGACGGGCGCCACGGCGACGAACGUGCUCGGCAACCGCGUCAUUCAAGACGGUGGCGGCGGUGCUUAUGCCGAGAACGAGCAUGCGGUGGUGGUGGAGGAAAAGGGCAAGAACAUGACCAAGUGGGUGCCGGCGGCCAAGGAGUUUGAGCGCGAGAUUAGCGCGGAGGAGAACAUGUUUGAGCUCAAGAUGAAGGAGGGCGAGUGUGUGAUUUUCGAUAACUGGCGAGUGUUGCAUGGGCGCAGGGAGUUCCAGACGGAAGGACAGGCGGAGGGCGCCGAGAGGUGGCUCAAGGGCACGUAUAUCAGUCAUCAGGUGUACAAGGCCAUGGAGGAUAAGUUGCAGUGGAGGUUGGCGCAGAAGGAAGGGGGGAUUCCUUUGGCUAUUGGCGUGGCGGAGGCGCAUGGGUUGGGCUGGAAGGAGAGGGGACAGUUGCCCAAGAAGGAGGCUCCUAAGCAGGAGACUACUGCUCCUGUGCAGCCAAAGGAGGAGGCAUUCAAGGUCGAGGAGGCACCCAAGGUCGAAGAGGUUUCCAAGGUCGAGGAGGCCGUGAAGCCCGAGGAGGCUCAGAAUGAGGGUCCUUCGCGCCAGCCUAAGGAGCAAUUGGGCACGGUGAACUGGAACGCAUAAAGCCGGGCGAGAAGAUGUGCCGAUCGGAAGCUGUAUGAUGUGUAAUGACCUCUUGGGAGCGAGGGAGCGACGCGUUUGUAGACUCGUAUAUAAUACGAGGUUUGAUACCAAAUCCAAGAACACGAAGAACUCUGGAAUCUUG